AUGGAUCUCUUCUGCUGGGCGUCACUUCUAUCAGCGUACACAAGCAUUUGUCGCGUGGAGGAAGCCAAGCUCGUGUUUGAUUCCAUGCCAGAGUAUGAUCUAGUCUGCUGGAACUCCAUGCUUGCUGCAUAUGCUCAGAAUGGGCAUCUAGAGAACUCUCGGCAAAUCUUCCUCGCCGCGGAAGAACACAACGUCGUCUCGUGGACGCUGCUGCUUGUAGCUCACUGCCACUCCAGGAGCCUCCAUCGAUCUAAGCAGGUCUUUGAUUCCAUGCCCGAGUGGAGCCUCGUGACCAUGAACACCAUGCUUGCCUGCUUCGCCCAGAAUGGAUCACGCGAGCAAACGCUCGCUAUGCUCCAGCGAUUGCCAGAGCUCGACCUCGUCUCCUCCAACUGCGUCCUCGCCCUGGCGAUCGACCUCGGGCAGGCAAGAGUGAUCUUCGAUGGGAUGCAGCAGCGAUCGCUUGUCUCCUGGAACUCGAUGCUGUCCGCGCUCGCGAGCGCCGGCCAGAUCGAGGAAGCGGAGCAAGCAUUCCAACACGCGAUGCCGGAGCGCGAUCUCUUCUCCUGGAACUCCAUGAUCGCUGCGUAUGCCCAGCGAGGCCAUCUCGCCGAGGCGGAGAGAUUGUUCUUGGCAGCUCCCGAGCGCGACCAGGUCUCCUGGAACUCGAUGCUCGCCGCUUUUAGCAACAAUGGCAUGCUGGAGGAAUCGCGCUCGCUCUUCGAUUACAUGCCCGUGAGAAGCAUCGUAAGCUGGAACUCGAUCCUAGCAGCGUAUGCCCACUCCGGGCAUCUGGAUCAAACCCGGCGACUCUUCGCUCGCCAGCCCGAGCGAAAUCUUGUUUCCUGGGGCACGAUCCUCGAUGCCCACUGCGCUCACAAGGGCGAAUCCCACCGAGCUUUCGAUCUCCUCAAGGAGAUGAAGCUCGCGGAGAGCCCCAACGAGGUGUGCUUCGUCGCGAUCCUGGUGGCUUGCAGCCAGAGCGGCGCUGUGGAGGACGCGCGAUCGCAUUUCCUGUCCAUGCGCAUUGACUACGGCCUGGAUCCCACCCGGAAGCACUUCUCCUGCCUCAUCGACGCGCUGGGGCGAUCGGGAUUCCUGACGGCGGCGGAGGAGCUUGUCACAACCAUGCCAUUCGCGCCGUGCAAUCUCGAGUGGAAGUGCUUCCUCAGCGCGUGCAACAGCCAUAGGAGUGUGGAUCCCGGCGCUGGAAUCGCGAGUGCAAUGCUGGCGCGCUCCGCCGGUGAAGAUCCAGCAGCCAGCUACAUUCUUGUGGCCAACACGAUUGCUCAAGAACCCUGA